CUUUUCUUGCUAUAAAUGGAGUCCCACCAGUCAUCACCCUUCACACACACAACACACACAUCGCCACCGUCACUAGCGACUGAAUCAGUGAUUUUUUUCUUGAAGAUAUGGGUUUGAAGGAGGACUUUGAGGAGCACGCUGAGAAGGCAAAGACUCUCCCGGAGAGCACCACCAAUGAGGACAAGCUCAUACUGUACGGAUUGUUCAAGCAAGCCACAGUGGGACCAGUGAACACUAGUCGUCCGGGCAUGUUCAACAUGAGAGACAGGGCUAAAUGGGAUGCUUGGAAGGCUGUUGAAGCAAAAUCCAAGGAUGAGGCAAUGAAUGACUACAUCACCAAGGUGAAACAAUUGCUUGAAGCAGCAGCUGCUUGAAUUUGUUGAGCAUAUAUGCCUAAUUAUAUAUAUGGGUUUAUGAAGAAGAAUUAUGUUUUAAUUGUUGGUGAUUUCUGUCUUUUGUGUCUCCAAAAUGUACUAGAUCCAGACUCCACUUAUGGAAAUGGUAUCUUAAUCAGACAUUAAACUGUUGGAUUUUAGCUUAUUCUCUUUCAACUUAUUUCAUAUUUUGGCACAUGAAACAAAAAUAAUGUGAAAAAUCAUCAUUUUUCAUUCCCACCAAAUCUAGACACGGCAGUCAGUCAUAUACGUGAUUGUUCCUUUUGUGCUUGAUGGUGAUGUGUUGAAAUUAUCAGCCC